AAACAAAAUAUCACACGCAAAAAAGUUCAAUCCCAAAUAGUCAAAUCUUUCUCCUCCCGCAUUCGUUGCUUUGAUUUCUCAACCCAAAUCCGAAGCAUUCUGUCGGAAAAAUGGAAUUCUCCGGCUGCCUUAAAACCGACCUUACGCUGGGCUUACCCGGCGGAUGCGGCGGCGCGCCGCCCAAGCCCGGCUCCAAGCGCGGGUUUAGCAACAUGGUGGAUUUGAAACUCGGUGCAAGUUGCGAUCACGACGAAGUUAGCAUCUCGACACCGCCUCCAACAAAGGCGCAAGUUGUGGGGUGGCCGCCGGUGAGAUCUUACCGAAAAAAUAUGAUGAAGAGCUGCAAAUAUGUGAAAGUGGCUGUUGAUGGAGCUCCAUAUUUGAGGAAAGUUGAUCUUGAAAUAUAUUCUAGUUAUAAACAACUCUUGGCUGCUUUGGAGGAGAUGUUUACAUGCUUAACCAUUUGUAAUGUAAUGAAUGAGAGGAAGAUCAUAGAUUCUACAAAUGGGAUAGAAUAUGUGCCUACUUAUGAGGAUAGAGAUGGAGAUUGGAUGUUGGUUGGAGAUGUUCCUUGGAAUAUGUUUGUUGAGACAUGUAAGAGAGUGAGAUUGAUGAAGAGUUCAGAGGCUAUUGGAUUAUCUCCUAAAACAUCUUCAAAUGGGUUAAGCAUGAAUUGAUGAAGAAGGAUUCGGCGGCAAUGGAUCUCUUGGUUUAGAGAUUCUUGUGCAUAUAGAGGCGUUUCUUACUUAUUCUAGAUCUUAGGAAUUUAGUUAUAUGUAACAAACUUUUAUUAUAGAUUUUGGUGAUUUAAUUUCACUUUUGGAACUUUGAAAUAUACACCACUUAUUCCAAUAAUAUGUUUGUUAUAGUAGUUUA